AUGGAUGGAUACAAUGUCACCAUUUUCGCAUAUGGACAGACCGGCUCGGGGAAAACGCAUACCAUGUUUGGAGAGGGAUACGAGACAAAGGAACAGUACUCAGUUGAUGAGAUUGAGGAUGACAAUGGCUGUGCGGGUGUGAUCCCGAGAUCCAUAUACCAAAUCUUCAAGAAGGUGAAGAAAAUGAGCAACGCUAAUGUCUUCUGCUCUUUCCUGCAGAUCUACAAUGAAAAGAUUUACGAUUUGCUCCAGAAGUUCGAAGACUGCAUGGAGCUGCUCAAAAAGGGAGUGAAGAACAGGACCAUAAGGCAAACCUCCAUGAACGCCAAGAGCUCACGCUCCCAUACCAUCUUUCAGCUGCUGAUCGAGAUCCAAUCAAGCGACGGCACCUUCCUGAAGGGAAGGCUCAACCUCUGCGACCUGGCUGGAUCGGAAAAGAUCAACAAAAAGGAAGCGAUGGGCGAGGACCAGCUGAAGGAACUGAAGAACAUCAACUUGUCCCUUACCACUUUGGGAAAGGAGUCACUGACUGGCAAUACCUUCACUUUUAUAUUCGGGAAUCUCUCGCCCUCGGGAAAGAACAUGGACGAAACCAUCAGCACUCUCAAGUUCGUGGAAAGAGCCAACCACAUCACGCUCAAGGUGAAACCGACCGAGUUCAACGGUCACAAUCCCGAUACCGUCGACAAGCUCAAGCGGGAGGUGGAGUAUCUCAAGGAUUUGCUAAACUUGAAGAAGCAGGGCAUCAAUCCCGAGGACAUUGCGCAGCACCUGGCGAAGCUCAAGAGCGAAAACCUCCAGCAGAAGCCGAAGGAGGUAUCGAACGAGUAG